UUGCCAAGGGAGGUGUGAAGGCCAAUCGGAGGAGGGCUGUGCAGGCGUUGCCCAAUAGAGACGCGACAAGGGGGCGGUUCAGGGGCCCGGCGCUCUGCGUUCCCAAGGGUGGGGCGAGGGCAAGUGUCAGUCAGGUCUGGAGCGCGGCUGGGGACUGCGAAGACAGCGGCGCCACACAGGGGGCUCGGGCCGCUGCGUGUUGUCCGCCCAAGAUGGAGUUCCUCCUUGGGAACCCGUUCAGCACCCCGGUGGGGCAGUGCCUCGAAAAAGCAACAGACGGCUCCCUGCAAAGUGAGGACUGGACAUUGAACAUGGAGAUCUGUGACAUCAUCAAUGAAACAGAGGAAGGGCCAAAGGAUGCCAUCCGAGCCCUGAAGAAGCGGCUAAAUGGGAACCGGAACUACAGAGAAGUUAUGCUGGCGUUAACAGUGCUGGAGACAUGUGUGAAGAACUGUGGCCACCGCUUCCACGUCCUUGUGGCCAACCGAGAUUUCAUCGACAGUGUUCUGGUCAAAAUCAUCUCUCCCAAGAACAACCCUCCCACCAUUGUACAGGACAAAGUGCUUGCUCUGAUCCAGGCCUGGGCUGAUGCCUUUCGAAGCAGUCCUGACCUCACUGGUGUUGUGCACAUAUACGAGGAGCUGAAGAGGAAAGGGGUUGAAUUCCCCAUGGCAGACUUGGACGCUCUGUCUCCUAUACACACACCACAACGGAGCGUCCCUGAAGUGGAUCCAGCCGCGACCAUGUCCAGGUCCCAGUCACAGCAGAGGACGAGUGCCGGCUCCUAUUCCUCGCCGCCUCCUGCUCCCUACUCCGCUCCCCAGGCCCCGGCUCUCAGCGUGACUGGCCCCAUCACGGCCAAUUCAGAACAGAUUGCCAGACUGCGGAGUGAACUGGAUGUUGUUCGAGGAAACACUAAAGUCAUGUCUGAGAUGUUAACAGAAAUGGUCCCUGGACAGGAGGACUCAUCUGAUCUGGAGUUGCUGCAGGAGCUGAACAGGACCUGCCGGGCCAUGCAGCAGCGCAUCGUGGAGCUCAUCUCCCGCGUGUCCAACGAGGAGGUCACAGAGGAGUUGCUGCACGUCAACGAUGACCUCAACAACGUCUUCCUCCGAUAUGAGAGGUUUGAACGGUACAGGUCGGGCCGGUCAGUUCAAAAUGCCAGUAAUGGGGUACUGAAUGAAGUGACUGAAGACAACUUAAUAGACCUAGGGCCAGGGUCUCCAGCUGUGGUGAGCCCGAUGGUGGGGAACACAGCACCCCCAUCUUCCCUCUCCUCCCAGCUUGCAGGCUUGGACUUGGGGACAGAGAGCGUCAGUGGCACCCUCAGUUCACUCCAGCAGUGUAAUGCCCGUGAUGGCUUUGACAUGUUUGCCCAGACAAGAGGGAACUCUUUGGCUGAGCAGCGCAAGACGGUGACCUAUGAGGAUCCCCAGGCUACUGGAGGACUCGCGUCUGCACUAGACAGUCGAAAACAGAGCUCAGAAGGGAAGAGAGGUCGAGGUGGGGACUCUGACCUGGAGCCUAUAGACAGCUGGCUCAUAACCCAAGGAAUGGUGAGGAGUCACCAGCCCAGCCGAGCCUGCCGUCUACCCAGCCCCUGUCCUGUGUUACAGCCUAUGCCUUCCUCUUGCCACCUGCUGAGCCCUCGUGAAUCAGACAGUACAAGGCCAUGCUCUCUCUCUCUGACUGACGGGGGUGCCAAAUUUCCCCUCCUAUUUUUGUAUAACAAUCUCCUUAAGCCACAGACUUCCGGCCCCAGAAACACCUUCUCUGGUUUUCUGCUGAGGUUCAUGCCCCUGGGCCGUAAGGGUCUGGGACAUUAGCAGGGAUGAGGGGGAGGGUCUUUUCCUUCCUUUUACUGUCUCUGGGGCUCUUGGCAGUAUUCACUUUUCCAGGAUGAGCACAAAUUACUGUGGCUUUUGCUUGGGAGGGGAUAGUUUUAAGGGAGCAGAUUCAAAGUAUCUGACCAGUCAGAAAAAUCCCUCCAGCCCAGUGCCUGUGGAUUUGGCAGUCCUAGGCUUGAUGGGUUUUUAUGGUAUGGUUACUUGUGUCCACUAAGUCCCCCCAAAGGAUUUGAGGCUUCUUAAAGAAAUACACAAACAUCGGGGGGGAAAUGGGCAUUUAUUGAAACCUUAAAAUCUGUACCCCCAUAAUAUGCCGAAAUAAAAAAAAAUAAAGAAAAAAAAAAAGAAAUACACAAACAUGGUAGGUACAGAAUAUAAAGAUGACAAAGCUGGGGAGUUCAAUGUCAUAUAUGCAGUUAGUUCUCAUGUAGCAGAGCUUUCCUGGCACAGAGACCUGGGAGGGUCUCUCCUGCCUUAUCUGUUUAGGUGGCCCUGAGCGUGGUACAUGGAGAGGGGGUGACCUCAUCCCAGGCCACAUGCUUGGGGUGACCAUUUCACCUACAACAGAGCCCAAAGCUCUGUGUGGUGGCCCGAGCUGGAGAGAACGCAGGGCAGGAAAGAUGAUGAAAGCAGUGGAAAUGCAGACCUCUCCCUCCAGGUGGGGUGGGGUGGGGGGGUGCAUAACUGCCCCCUCUGUGCUGUGCCAGGCUGUGGCCAGGGAUGGGGCCAGCAGAUCCCAGACUGUCAGCAGCACAGGCGCCACCUGCUUGAGCAAGGUGUGACCAGCGAGCAAGGACUUGGGCCAGGCAGGACUGUCCAGAUCCAUGGGAGUGAGGGGUGUCUGCUCGCCUCACAGUCUGGGCUGGUGCCCUCUGCACAGCCACGCUCGCGGGCGGGGCAGGUCUCCCUCCACCUGUCACUGCAGCAGCAUACUCCUGAUCUGGGUGAAAAGGUAGUCAUUCCUGGCCCAGGCGCUCAUUUGCUUCUUUAGGGAGAGGCUGGCUCCUGGAGACCACGUCCACUCCAUUGUCCACAUGGGAAGAUGUGGACAGUCUGUGUGCCCUUGUGCCUAUUCAUCCUGCAAAAAAGGAUACUGCCCACACAACUACCCUGAGUGUGGCCUUGGCAGCUGGUGGUGGCGCCUGCCUCUGCCCACACAGGCUGCCUCUUUACUGCCCUGGCCCCACAUAGAGCUCCCGUCUCUAAUUCCCAGAAACAAACUCGACUAACAGCUAACCUGGUGUCUCGCCCGCCUGACUGCAGUUUUUUUCUUUACAACAACGGACAUUAAUUGCUUUGCCUUACUUCCCAUAGCGUAGAAACUGUGAGUCUGUCCAAACCUCCCAAGUACAAAUUCUUUACUUGGAAACUUUUUGUACUAUGAGUGAGACCAAAGGUGUUCCAGGGGUGGGGAACCUCCAGCCCCAAGGCCACAUGUGGCCAUGUAGAUCCCCAAGUGUGGCCCCUCAACUGAAC